GAAGGCAUUCAGGAGUGCUUUUCCACCCCUCUCCAAGUUCUUUUUUCUUUUGCAUCGCAACCAUGCCGUCCUUUUUCUUCCUCGGCUGCUUUUCUUGCAGCCUGAUGGCUUGGCUGCUCCUCGCCGGCGGCAGCAGCAGCCGCCCGAGCGUGGAGGAGGAGGAGGAGAAAGCGCUGCGGGUGCUCGUGCUUCUCCCCAAGGACAACGCGUACCUGUUUUCCCUGGCGCGGGUCAAGCCGGCCGUCGAGUACGCGGUGCGGCGGCUGGAGGCGAACGGGACGCUCCUGCCGGCGGGCUACAAGUUCCGGCUCUUCUACAACGACUCGGAUUGCGGCAACGGGGCGUUGUUCAGCCUGGUGGAUAUGGUCGCCUUGAGCGGCCAGUGGCCGGACCUGCUGCUGGGCCCCGUGUGCGAGUACGCGGCCGCGCCUGUGGCGCGCCUGGCCUCGCACUGGAACCUGCCCAUGAUCUCGGCCGGCGCCUUGGCCGCGGGCUUCGGCACCAAGACGGGCGAGUACUCGCACCUGACCCGGGUGUCGCCGGGCUACGCCAAGAUGGGCGAGAUGUUCCUGGCGCUCUUCCGCCACCACAACUGGAACCGGGUGCUGCUGGUCUACCACGAAGACAAGGAGCAGCGCAGCUGCUUCUUCGCCGCCGAGGGUGUCCAUGUGGUCUUCCGCGACGCGGGCUUUCACAUGGACGACUUCGCCUUCGACGAGAGCGGCAAGUACGCCGAGGACGUGGUGCGCGCCAUCCAGGGCGGCGAGAAAGUUGUGAUCAUGUGUGCUAGCAGUGACGCAAUAAGGAACAUCAUGUUGGCUGCACAUCGGCAAGGAAUGACCAAUGGAGACUAUGCUUUCUUCAGUAUUGAACUCUUCAACAGUUCAUCAUAUGGUAAUGGCUCAUGGAAGAGAGGAGACAAAUAUGACCUUGAAGCAAAGCAAGCAUACUCAUCCCUCCAGACAGUCACACUACUGAGGACAGUGAAACCUGAAUUUGAGAGGUUUGCCAUGGAGGUGAAAAGUUCUGUACAGAAACAAGGAAUCCAUGAUGAUGAUUACGUUAACAUGUUUGUGGAAGGAUUCCAUGAUGCUAUUAUCCUCUAUGUUCUGGCUUUACGGGAAGUUUUGAAGAAUGGCUUCACUAAGAAAGAUGGAGAAAAGAUUGUCCAUCAGACAUGGAAUAGGACAUAUGAAGGCAUUGCAGGGCCAGUAUCCAUAGAUGCCAAUGGAGAAAGAUACGGAGAUUUUUCUGUGAUUGCAAUGACUGAUCCAGAAACUGGAAUGCAGCAGGUUAUUUGGAACUAUUAUGGAAAGCAUGGACGGCUUGAAAUGCUUCCAAAUGUAAAUUACCCCUGGAAACUCAAAGCAAGAACAGAUGACAGCCGAGGUUUGGAACACCCAAGCAACACACCCUGCAAAUCAUCAGGUGGUCUAGGAGAAUCAGCAGUUACAGGAAUUGUUGUGGGUGCCUUGCUAGGAGCAGGAUUGUUGAUGGCUUUCUACUUUUUCAGAAAAAAAUACAAAAUAACUAUUGAGAGGCGAAGUCGACUGGAAGAAUACAACAUCGGCAAGCACUGGCAAUUACGAGAGGACUCUAUAAGGUCUCACUUUUCUGCUGCAUGAAGUAAGGAGAAACAAACUGGUUUUUGUGUGUGGAGGAAAUCUGUAGACAAAUGGACACUAACUACCAAAGACAGCAACAGAAAAGAAGCUUAUUAAGGACUCAGCAUUUUAAAAGUAGAGUAACUCUGUCUUAAUUUCUUUCAGAAACUCAGGAAUGAUUUACUAGCCACAUUAAUCCACGUGGCCUUUUUAUCUUGUGGAAAAGAAAAUGACAAAAGAAUGAGUGUGUCCCCCCGCCCCGCCAAGAUGGUUUUAACACUUGGUGUGUAUCCAAGACAAGUCGCUCUGGUCAGCCAUUUUGUUUCUUGGAAACGUGAAGGUUCAUUCAGCGGACCUUCGUUAGCUGUACCUCAUACCAGAUUAUAAAAGGAAUGUGGUUUCAGAGACACAGGUGCUGCUUUUUCGUAUUGUUCAGCACUGAAUAGUGGAGAUUAGAAUUGAGCAAAAGAAGUGUGAGGUAGUACAAAACAAUACAAUUUAUGGGAAAGGAGCGAAAGCGUCUUUAUAGAACAUAAUAAAUCCCAAAGCAGUGGAAAGAUAGUAUUUGGUUCUAAGGACCUACUUACACAAAUUAGUUUUGGAUAUCAUUCCAAUAGCAUUCCCUGUGAAAGGAUUCCUUUGCAAAUAUGUUGUGUAUUGCUCUAAACAGGACAACUGCUUGCCUGUGUUCCUGGGGAUGUUUGGGUUUAAGAGAACUUCCAUUUACAUGGCAUUUUUGUUUCAAGAAAGCUCCCUCCUCUGUAUCAUUUUCAUGACCUGUAUAUGGAUUCUGCAGUGGUCCUAUCAUAGAGAUCACUGUAGGAUUAUGCAUUCACUGGUUACAUGUCUCCUGCUUUUUAAUCUGUUGGGUGUUUCUUGUGUAAAAUAAACGUGAAUCAUUUCCAGGAAAGAGGCAGGCCUGAUCUGCACAUAACAUGACACUAGGUAAAAGAACCCUGAGGUGGUAGAGUGGUCUUACAACUUCAGAAUACAGAUGAGUUGAGAGGAGGUGCCAUUUCUGAAUACUGUACUCCAAGUUAUU